AUGCUACCGAGCCCAAUCAUAUCCACCACGCCUUUCUCCGUCAAAGACAUCUUGAAGUUGGAGCUGCAGCAGCAGUCCCAGCACCAGCUGCAGCUGAUUUCGUGCCUGGGACUGUCAGGAGCGUUGGCUCAGCCAGGGCCCUUCAUGAACAAAGGCAUCCGAUCACACUCACCCCCGUCCUGCAUGCUCGCCUCCAGGAACAGCCCCAGUCCCGACAGUCCCUGUCUGUCCGAAUGCGACGAACGCCUGAAUUACCUGAGCGCCGUGAACGCGCAUGAGUCUGCUCUGUGCGAUAUCUUCAACCAUGGAAACAGCCACACACAGCCUGAAACAGAACAAGAGGACGGAGACUUAAAGAGCUGUGGAGCGCUGCGGAGUGAGACCGAGGAGCUGGAGUCUGACAAGGCCGUGUCCAAGCAGCCGCGCACCCGGAGGAAGCCGCGCGUCCUCUUCUCGCAGGGGCAGGUGUUCGAGCUGGAGCGCAGGUUCAAACAACAGCGCUACUUGUCUGCACCAGAGCGGGAGCACCUGGCCAGCUCCUUGAAGCUCACCUCCACACAGGUCAAGAUCUGGUUUCAGAACAGACGCUACAAGUGCAAACGGCAGCGCCAGGACAAGACUCUGGAGAUGGCGGGGCACCAUCACCACGCAGCGCCUCCCCCGCGCAGAGUGGCCGUGCCAGUGCUGGUACGGGACGGGAGACCGUGUCUGGCGGGAUCUCAGAAUUACAGCAGCUCGUACCCGCCAUACUCCUACAGCUAUCCCACAUACAGCAACGCAGUCUACACAAACAGUUACUCCUGCACCUACUCCAGCCUGCCCACCCUGCCCCCUGCCAACACCUCCACCGCCUUCAUGAGCCUGGGCAGCCUGGGCAGCCUGGGCGGCCUGGGACAGGGCCAGGCGCAGAGCUCGCAGGGGCCGCAUAUUCUCACUCUCUGGAAAGAAGAGGUUGGAAAGAAGGCAUCAGAGAAACACACCACCAACCCACGGGCCGCAUUCAGAGCAGUCGCACACGCAGCCCGGCGCACGGACCAGCAGCACCCGCACCGCAGGGAGCCCGUGCCAGAGCGUGCACGCGCAAACACUGGAGAGGAGGACAGGAUCAUGUAUUUCAUUCGUCGACCCUCAACUCAAGGCAGGCUCAUGAAGCGUUCCCGAGCGGCCUUUUCUCGCGAGCAGAACCGUUGGUACAAGAUCAAGCGAUGGGAGACCGUGGUCCGAAGAGAAGCGGUCGGGCUGGAGAGGAGAGGCGCGCGUCACGGCCGUGCCCGUACCGCGGAGUACUGCAGCCUCCGCUCUGCUGCUGUCAGAGACGGAGCCCUGCUGGAUAAGACAGGCCAAUCUCCGGAAGAAACUGACAUCUCCCCCGCACCACAUGCUCUGUACGGCAAACGACUGGAGACAUUCAAGCCACGACUGGUUCAGUAA